AUGGGUAGAAAGAAGAUUCAAAUCACACGAAUUCAAGAUGAGCGCAAUAGACAGGUAACUUUUACAAAACGCAAGUUUGGUCUCAUGAAAAAGGCUUACGAGCUCUCAGUGUUGUGCGAUUGCGAGAUUGCGUUGAUCGUCUUCAAUUCUACGAAUAAGCUCUUUCAAUAUGCAUCGACUGACAUGGAUAAGGUGCUCUUGAAAUACACAGAGUAUAAUGAGCCGCACGAAUCUCGUACCAAUAACGACAUCAUGGAAACGUUGCAACGGAAAGAAAGCAAGAAUGGUGGUGGAUGCGAUUCAGACGACGAUUCUCCAGGACCCUCCACUCCUUGUCCCCAACCUACACCUAAUUCUCAAACACCAGCUUCUCAGGCUAAUUCUUGUAUGCCAAAUCAUAGCGGCGUCAAUGGAAAUAGUGGCGCUAUGGCAUCCGUUGAUCCCUCUCAUCCUCCGACAGUCGCUCCACAACCUCCACAACAAUCUCAGACAGCUCCUCUCCAACUCUACCAGAAUUUGUUCCUACAUCCUCAAUCUUAUCGUAUUCAGCAACCCGGACAAAGUCAUGCACCGCCUCAACAACCUUCACCUGGACCUCAAUCAGCGCAAGCUGCAGCAGUUAAUAAUAAGCACAUGGAAUUCCCGACAACUAGCGCUUUCGCCUAUGAUACCUCGAUACCACCAAUGCACAACAGUCAUUUGGUAGGCCACCGAGGAAACGCCGACGAUCUCGUCACAGGAGGAGGUCGGGCGUCAGAACCUGGGAUGUGGAGUUCAACGAUGCCUCACAAAACCCAGCAAAUGCCACAACACGCAGUCGCCCAUCAACCAACAUAUGUCAAAAUGGAACCUCAUUCCCCGCCUGAAAAACGCGCUAGACUUUCUGCUGAUUGGCGGCAGCAGCAACUCACCUGA